UGUAAACAGCAACAGUGCGGGGACGAAUUUACCUCCAGUCAAGAUGCUAACGCGGAUAUACAACCGUAUAUGACAGCUGAGUUUAAAAAAAAUACAAAUAAAAAUACACAGAGUGUGCUGCAUUUCCGGUGAAUUAAGAGCGGACAGGUGGACAGGUGGAAGAGGCUUGCACUGGAAUGUAGCUGACAUUAGAAUGGGAACAAGCGCCUCCAUAUCACUGUGUCGAGGUCCGGCGUCGGUGAAGGUGCUGAAGCGGUGCACUCGUGUGGAACCCGAGCUGCAGACGCAGCACCCGGACACUCGGGUUGUAUUCGGAGUGUCUCUGCAGCGUCUGAGAGACGCCGGGCGGCUACAGCGUGGAGUCCCUCUGGUGCUCAAGAACAUGGUGGAGUUUUUGGAGAAAUAUGGUCUGCAGCAGAGUGGUGUGUUCAGGGUGUGUGGCUCUGUGCCACGCUGCAGGACGUUGCGUAUGUGUCUGGACCGCGGUGAGUGUGUGGAUCUAGAGAGCGUGGACGUGCCAACGGUUGCCGCUUUGCUCAAGCUGUAUCUCCGAGAACUGCCGAGUGGUCUCAUACCACACACACACUGCACACGCAUGCAGCAGGCACUCAUGGAAUCCAAAGAUGGAACAGAGCUGGUUGAGGCACUGAAGGAAGUCCUGCAUCGUCUCCCUGACGACAAUUACAACAUCCUGUCUUACCUUCUUCACUUCCUGUCUCGAGUCGCUGCCCACAGUCAGUGGAAUCACAUGACCUCGGAGAACCUGGCCACAGUGUUCGGGCCGUGCAUUUUCCGCGUGCCCGAGGGCCCGAGGAUGCUGGAGGAGCAGACCGUGUGCAACACCCUUACACUGCAUCUGCUGGAGAAACACACACGUCUGAUCCCAGACACACACACCGGCUACACAGCUCACACGCAUUCGCACAACAGCAGCCAUACACACACCACACACACUGCACAUACCACAUACACUGCACACACCACACCCACCGCACACACCGCACACACCACACACACCACACACACCGCACCCACCGCACACACUGCACACACUGCACACACCGCACACACUGCACACACCACACCCACCGCACACACCACACCCACCGCACACACCACACACACUGCACAUACCACACACACUGCACAUACCACACACACUGCACACACCACACACACUGCACCCACCACACACACUGCACACACCACACACACUGCACACACUGCACAUACCACACCCACUGCACACACCACACACACUGCACCCACCACACACACUGCACACACCACACACACUGCACACACCACACACACUGCACCCACCACACACACUGCACCCACCACACACACUGCACACACCACACACACUGCACCCACCACACACACUGCACCCAGCAGGAAAUCCAUGUUGUCUCCCCCUCAUCUUAAUGACGUAUCACAACUUCAGCAGGAGCAGUCUUGUACCUCAGAGAAGGUAUGUGAUGUUGAUGUGGGUGUGGCUAAAGAAAUAAAUGCCCUCCCACCACCCGCAGCAGAUACACGCCCACACUCCAGAAGGUUCACCUCAAACCCGGACGUGUUGGACACGGACGAGAGGAGAGGAAGUGUAGAGACCGGGACUGAGGCAGAGAACAAGGAGAACGCAGGACAUCCAGAGCAUCAUCCUGAACAGGAAUUAUACCUAAUCAAGGAAGAUCAGUCCUGCCUCACACGCUCCCACAUGAGGCUUGCUCCAGAGCGCCCCACUCCAGACGGCGACACACACUCCGAUACCAGCGACGAGACGCGGCUCGACGCCAGACAUCAGAGACACCAGACCAGAGACACGCACAGCCAGAAGGACACGCAGUCUAACACGAGCCGCACACACUCUCCGAGCGGCGAUACACAAACCGAGAGCCAAAGCUCACGCUCUGAGCCUGGGAGCACACACACACACACCGAGGCCAGGAUCUCAGAGAGCAAACACGUACCCUCAGAUUAUAGCUGCACACACACUCAGAGCCCUGACACACACACUACAAGGCUGACGGAGGAGGACUUCGACUCAGCGUCUAGAAACUACGUCAGAGCCCCUCCCAAUUCCCCUGUUCACCGUCCAAUCCCAAGCCAGGCUCAGACUCUAAGCAGUGGACAAGACUCCGCCUCCUGUGCAAAAUCCAGCCAAUUACCUGUCAUCAGAGAGGAUGGUGCAAAAAGUACCCAUGGGAUGUCAACCUCUCAGUUGCGUCAGCGUAUUCAGAAGCUCAAGCGAGUAAUCAGGAGCUUUGAGGAAUCCUUCCAGAAUAUCCACAACUACAAGGCCGAUCUCGACGGUAAAACGACUCGUCCCGAAGAGUCCGAGCUCAUGACGGACCUCGGCGAGUCACGCAAGCGGCUGAAAGAGCCGCGCUCAAGACGGCGUGCGCACGCUUCGGAAACGUCCGAAACUCAGAAACUCGGUGCGUGUCCACGCACACCAGACGUGGAGGACACGGCGAACACGUUAACUCGGCGUCUUAAAGAGAAACGACUGGAACUGAACCUGCCAGAACGCAUACAGGACAUGUCUCACGCUCAGUUGGCUCUGGAGAAGACGACACUACAGAAGUGUCUUCUUUACUACGAGAGUCUUCACGGCCGGCCGAGUUCUAAAGACGAGAGGUGUGUAGUGAGAGAGCUGUAUGACCGCUACCAUCUGGUGAAGCAGGCCUUCUACAGCGCAAACACACAGACCAGUACCGCUAGAGGCUUAGAAGAGCGUGUCGAUGUGAAUCUUGUGCCAUUAGAAGAGGACUCUAAUCCCGUCUUCGUCACCCAGAUGGUCACGCAAGCAACAGCGUGCACAAACGAUACACACUUGGUUAACAGGGUGGAGCUGUGGAGGCAGCUGAAACAGACAAGGAUGGAGAAACGGCAACUGAGAACACUUCUCAAAGAGUACGAGAAGAACUUUCUCAUAAAGAAUGGCAGGCGUGCACAGAGAGAGGACCGUCUGGUCAUGGCGGAGGAAUACGACCGCUACAACGUUCUGAAGGACAGACUGAGGCUGCUGAAAGGGAUGCUGGGAAAAACACCACACAACCUCAAAGCAGCCAGAGUUAGAAUCGCAAUCUGACACACACACACACACGUGUCGGAUCUCGCUUAUUUUCUGGCUCGGGUCCUUCUUGGCGUUGAUGGUGGACAGACUCAUCAGCUGAUGGCCGCUGAUCUGGGCCACGGUGCCACGGGUCAGCUCUACAGGCUCGGUGUAGAUAAUCUCCAGGAUGACGUCCUGCGCGUGGCGGAACUCCACGCGCCCGUCUUCAGCGCACACACGGGUCAGGAAGCGGUUGUUGGUGGCGUCCAGCUCGGGCAGCCUCUCGCUGCAGUAGGUGUCUCCGGGCGAGCCGCGCGGCGCCAGAACCAGGAUGACGUAGUGGUACGCCGUGUACAUGCAGUAAAAGUCGCCGAAGUAGAGGCGCGUGUCGGGCCCAAACAGCUCCUCGGCGCUGAUCUGGAAGCGGUAGCGGCCGUACGGAGAGUCCUGCGGUGGCUCACCUGUGUUAAACUCCGUGUUGCAGCUGAAGAAGAUGCCCUCGAGCUUGCCGCUAAGCGGAGACCCGUGACUUCCGCUGUUGUCCUUCACCGAGGGGAGCAUUCGGCCGCCCUGCGCGUUACUGAAACGGAGACAGAAAGAGAUUUCUUUUAAAAACUCAAAACCCAUUUUAAUGGAUUUGUUUAUUUUAUUAAUCCCCCGCAUAUGAAACAUUAAAUAUUUUAUACGUUAUACGAGA